CAGUGUAGUGAGGGGAAAACAGUAGGACAAAAAGAAUCCUCAUCUUUAACAAGAACUGACGAGACUACAGGCAGUGUGCGUGUCCUUGAUAGAUGAUUAACUCAACGCAACUAAUCUUUAUAGACAUCUUUUGCUGGUCUUUGGCUUUUCUCACUGAUCAGAGGAAGUGUACAUGGACAAGAACCUCUUUUGAACUUCUGGAUAAAAAUGUGCAGUGAAUUUCUUAUGUUUUAAGUUUGUUUUUACAUAACAUUUGUAUAUUUUACAUUUGUAUAUUUUACCCUUUUCUAUCCUGUAUUGUUAAGCAUGGUUGGCACUGGUGGCCCAGUAGCUACGUUCUCAGUGUGGGAUUAUGUGGUUUUUGCUGCGACUAUUUUGGGGGCAGCUGGCAUUGGCCUUUUCCAGGCGAUCCGAGGUCGAAAGGAGACAACCAGUGAUGAAUUCUUGUUGGGUGGACGACAAAUGACUGCCGUGCCAGUUGCCAUGUCUCUGACUGCCAGCUUUAUGUCUGGCAUCACAGUCAUCGGCACACCUGCUGAGGCUUACCGCUUUGGAGCUGCCUUUUGGCUCUUUGGUUUUUCAUAUUCCAUCAUGUCCACUAUCACUGCAGAGAUCUUUGUGCCUCUGUUUUACCGACUGGGGAUCACCAGUGCCUAUGAGUACUUGGGGCUGCGCUUUAGUCGACCCAUUCGGAUUAUUGGGACAUCAAUGUACAUUGUACAAACGGCAUUGUACACCGGUCUGGUCAUCUAUGCUCCAGCACUCGCUCUAAAUCAAAUCACAGGACUGGAUCUAUGGGGAGUGCUUGUGGCCACAGGAGCAGUGUGCAUCAUUUACUGCACUUUGGGGGGUCUGAAAGCAGUCAUUUGGACUGAUGUGCUGCAGAUGGUAGUGAUGUUGGUUGGCUUUGUGGCUGUCAUAGCACGAGGAGCAGUGCUACGGGGCGGCCUCACACAGGUUUUUGAAGAUGCAAGAGAAGGAGGACGUCUGAAAACAUUUGACUUUAACCCAGACCCUCGAAUGCGGCACUCAUUCUGGAGUAUUCUCAUUGGAGGCAGCAUAAUGUGGGUCUCAAUAUACUCUAUAAACCAGUCCCAGGUGCAACGCUACAUCUCCUGUAAAACGCUGGGACAUGCAAAGAUGUCUUUGUAUGUGAACAUGGUGGGGCUGUGGUUGACUGUGAGCCUGGCAAUGUUGACUGGUCUAACCAUGUACUCAAUUUACAAGAUGUGUGACCCGUUUACAAAUGGUGAUGUCUCUACUUAUGACCAGCUCCUUCCAUAUCUGGUUAUGGAUAUCCUGGCUUCGUAUCCUGGAGUCCCUGGCCUGUUUGUGGCAGCUGCAUACAGUGGGACUCUUAGCACAGUGUCCUCCAGCAUUAAUGCUCUGGUCGCUGUAACAAUGGAAGACUUCAUCAUUCCCCUGUGGACAAACCGCACACAGAAACAAGUAACCUGGCUCAACAUGGGACUGAGUGUUUUCUUUGGAGGAGUGUGUAUUGGAAUGGCUGGAGUUGCUUCAUUACUGGGAAGCGUUUUGCAGGCUGCUCUGUCCAUUUUUGGCAUGAUCAGUGGUCCUCUCCUCGGGCUGUAUGUGUUAGGCAUGUUUUUCCGCACACCAAAUUCAAUAGGAAGUCUCUCUGGGAUGAUUAUUGGACUGGUUUUGACUUUAUGGGUAGGAAUUGGAUCACAGAUUUACCCUCCUACAGCUGAUAAAACUCUCCCUCUCCCACUCAGCACUGUGGGCUGCAACAGUACAAUCAGCCAGAACUACACCACUCAGACACCUUGGACCAGUACAGUGCCCAUGACCACACUGCCCUCUGUGAGACCACCCCUGGCAGACUCCUGGUACUCCUUGUCCUACCUAUACUUUGCUGUUGUCGGUGUCCUGGUCACAGUAGUGUCUGGAUUACUGAUUAGCAUAGCCACAGGAGGCUGCAAACAAGAAAAACUCCAUCCGGAUCUAUUUGUGAAGACGAGUGAUCUGUUUUGCUUCAGAAGCUGUAACACAUCAGAGGCACCACAUACAGAAGAAAAGAAUGGAAUUGACAACAAGGUUUUCACUGAAUUACCUCCUGAAAUUAUAAGCAAAGAAAUGACCACUAAGCUAUAAAUACAAAAAGCGUUGGAUUAAUUAUUGUGAAAUUAGAUGUAGAUAUUCUUUUAUAUUGUGCAAUUUACUGUCAGUGAUUUUAUACAGUAUAUAUUAAGCUUUUCUACUAAAUUGUAAUAAUCAAAAUCUGGAAACACUUGUGCAUUGUUACUACAGAACAAAAUCAUAUCAUACUUUUUAGUGGUCAUUUAUUUAUAGCUUUCACAAAGUUGCUGUUAUAUAUAUAUUUUUUAAAUUUUUUAAAUCUUUGGUCUACAUAAGUUUAUGGCUAACCAAUACUGGAGUCACAAUACAGAAGCAUAAUGCUGCUGACUUUUCAUUGCACAAUAUUUGUUGCUUUUUAUUGCCUAGA